UGCGGCACUGAGCGGAACCGGACUCGAGCCCGUGAUGUCCGGUACCAAAUUGGAGGACUCCCCCCCUUGUCGCAACUGGUCAUCUGCUUCGGAGCUGAAUGAAACUCAAGAGCCCUUUUUGAACCCCACCGACUAUGACGACGAGGAAUUCCUGCGGUACCUGUGGAGGGAAUACCUACACCCGAAAGAAUAUGAGUGGGUCCUGAUUGCUGGGUACAUCAUCGUGUUCGUGGUGGCUCUUAUUGGGAACGUCCUGGUUUGUGUGGCAGUGUGGAAGAACCACCACAUGAGGACGGUAACCAACUACUUCAUAGUCAACCUUUCUCUGGCUGAUGUGCUCGUGACAAUUACCUGCCUCCCAGCCACAUUGGUGGUAGACAUCACUGAGACCUGGUUCUUUGGACAGUCCCUCUGUAAAGUUAUUCCAUAUUUACAGACUGUGUCAGUGUCAGUGUCUGUCCUCACACUGAGCUGCAUUGCCUUGGAUCGAUGGUAUGCAAUCUGUCAUCCUUUGAUGUUUAAGAGCACAGCCAAGAGGGCCAGGAACAGCAUUGUCAUCAUCUGGAUCGUCUCCUGCAUUAUAAUGAUUCCUCAGGCCAUCGUCAUGGAGUGCAGCACCAUGCUUCCCGGCUUAGCCAAUAAAACCACUCUCUUUACAGUGUGCGAUGAGCGCUGGGGUGGUGAAAUUUACCCCAAGAUGUAUCAUAUUUGUUUCUUUCUGGUGACAUACAUGGCACCACUGUGUCUUAUGGUGUUGGCCUACUUGCAAAUAUUUCGUAAACUCUGGUGUCGCCAGAUCCCUGGAACAUCAUCUGUAGUUCAGAGAAAGUGGAAGCCGCUGCAGCCUGCUUCACAGCCUCGAGGGCCAGGACAGCAGACCAAGUCCAGGAUUAGUGCUGUGGCCGCUGAAAUAAAGCAGAUCCGAGCCAGACGGAAAACAGCCCGGAUGCUAAUGGUUGUGCUUUUGGUGUUUGCAAUUUGCUAUCUACCAAUUAGCAUCCUCAACGUGCUCAAGAGAGUAUUUGGCAUGUUUACCCACACAGAAGACAGAGAGACUGUGUAUGCCUGGUUUACAUUUUCACAUUGGCUUGUAUAUGCCAAUAGUGCUGCGAACCCAAUUAUUUAUAAUUUUCUCAGUGGAAAGUUUCGAGAGGAAUUUAAAGCUGCGUUUUCUUGCUGUUGCCUUGGAGUUCAUCAUCGCCAGGAGGACCGGCUCACCCGGGGCCGAACGAGCACAGAAAGCCGGAAGUCUCUGACCACCCAGAUCAGCAACUUUGACAACAUAUCAAAACUCUCAGAGCAAGUUGUGCUCACCAGCAUAAGCACACUCCCAGCAGCCAAUGGAGUAGGGCCACUUCAAAGCUGGUAGAAUUUUCAUUCAUAGGACAGGGAUAUCUGGGUAUCUGCCACAGGGACCAUUGUCAUCACUCCUGUCAACCUGGUUGGAGGUCUGAAAGAAGAGCCUGAGUAUGAAUGUGGAACAUCACUCAGUGUCAUCUUAUUCAAAGAGAUAAUGGUUUAUGAACCAAUUGUUCUGCAUGACCAGCACAGUGUGAGAGAAGACUGGUUUUAAAGCACUUGUGUAGUUUUACGGAUACCUGGAUGACUUGAGUUUCUAACUAAAACUUUUAAAACUCCAAUUUUACGUACACUGACUAAAGGCUAAGUCUUGUGGGAGCAGAUAGUUUCUAAGAAUGAUCAUUGCCUGGAAGGAAAACAAACACACACCAGUACUUGCAAGAAACCGUGUUGAUGGAAUAGCAGACUGUAUGCAUUGCUUUCAACAUGUUAAUUCUCGAGCCCUUCUGAGAGGUCUGGAUGGAGUAUGGUUACCUUCCUAGGACAAGUGGUAAAGAAAGAUUUGUCUCCAAAGCCUGCCAAUCUUAUGGAGCAAAGCGUCAACUUCUCACCUCAUUAUGUGUUAAUAACACAAAUGAGAGACUUCUUAUGAAAAGAAUGUGUUGCAACUGUUUUAUUCUCUACAUAGAAUAUGCAUCUGUCUGUUUUGCUAUAUUUUAAAGAUUUAAUGUAAAAUGUCACUAGUGUUACUGAAAUUUUGUUAUCAAUAAGGAUGAGAUCAUUUUUUUGAAUAGAGAAUCCAUUUGAACUUCAUUAUUUCUGAAUUUCUGCAAACCCAUGAACACUUUGAUAUUCUAAUUCAUUCAUUCUUGGCAAAAGAUGACUCCUAGUUUUUGAGGAAAAUGACUUAAAUGUUCCAAGGCUUGGAUCAUUUCCUUGAUAUCAAAUAACUGUUACAAAUCAUUGAUGAAUUAAUUGCAAAAGUGUUAGGCAUAGUGAUACUGAAUUUCACUCCCAGUGUGAAUUGUUUUAUUAAGGACAGAGGUAAAUAUGCUUGUAAAAUGUGGUCCGAAUAUACGUAAACCUGAAAUAGCAGAAUGACAAAUACCCAAACAUGCUUAUGGACACAAAUUUUGAGGAGGGCUAUUACUGUUUUAAUACCAGUAUAAUAAUAAUAGAAUCUCUCAUGCUUGAUAUAAAUCCUAAUAGUAAUCAACUGCAAAAAAAAAAAAAAAAAAAACCUGGUUAGUCAUUACAACUUAGAAAGUUUUUCAAUCCCAAUUAAUUUUACAACAGACAACUUUUCUACUCUCUACAAGUUACAAAUCAAAUAAAAAAAAAAGUAAAUUCCAUUAGGUUAUGUACAAUUAGUUUUCAAAUGGCAUGAAGCAAAAUAUUGAUUUUUUUAGAGAUAAUAUAUAAACAAAAAUAUUGUCAAUUUAAGUCUAUUCUACUACUUUAUGUACCUCAGAAAAUGAAGAGCAAAGGCAUGGAAAACAUUGUUAUCUCCCUAAAUUCAAAGAGGAUUGUUUUCUAGAAUACUGCUGCAAUUAAAGAGGGAGCAAAAAACUCCCUCUCAUUUGCCACGUAUUUCUAUUCUCUUAAAUUUGCUUUAUACUCUCUGGGGUUAGAAUAUCUUUUAAGUUUUUUCUGAAAUGUAUUUCUAUAAUUGUUGUAUCCCAUGUGUGUAAUGUCAUGUCACUUGUUUAACAGUUAUAUUAUACAUUUCAGUUCUUUACGCCUGAUUUCCUGUGUGUUCAUGAAGAAAUUUCUUAUUAAAUCAAAGGGACUACACAUCAACUACUAGGAAGGAUGCUCAUUAUGUACUUUUUCAGUAAAAACCAUACCGAGAAUUCUAUAAUCUCAUUCAC